UUUCAGUUACGAGAUGACGAAAUUGACUCGAACAAGUGCGCGUGGUGAUGAUCGACGGAUGGGUGACGUUAACCUGGAUGAUUUCUGGAAUGCAGAUGCCGAUAAAUAUAAAUGCUGCUGUCGUACAUUCCAUGUUGUUCGAGCAUCGCUUUUCAUUGCCUAUGCCCAGAUGCUGAUCACAUUCGUCUUUGCGCUUUUCUUCACUUUUUAUUAUGUACAGGCCAUUAACGGACGACUAACGCCAGAUCAUUGGAUCAAUCAGUUGGGUGAACGAUAUAUUUCUUCGCUUCUGUUUGCGGUCACUUUACAGCUCCUUCUCGUUCUUUUAUUGGUUCAUGGAAUUCGGACAGAACGCCGCUCAUUUUUGCUCCCCUUUAUUAUAUUCGCACUGAUCGCUGUUCUCUUUGGCUUUGCCCAAAUCGGGAGUGAUUUAUUCGGCUUCAUGUAUCCUUCAUCGCUGACACAUCUAAUGUACGACAACAGUCAGUUCUUUUCUCAUCUAAUUGGGACACUGUUUCAAUUAUGGUGUGUUGCUAUUGUAUGGCGAUGCUACGGUUUUCUGGGAGACAAAAAGGUUGUGCGACACAUUGGAGAGCAGCUUUCGACGACUCAAGUAGCAUUUCAUUACGACGAUAUUUCACGUGAAUACAUAACGAUGUCACAACCCCCACCGUACGCCGAUACUGUGAUCAGCCUAGACAAACAACCUCUUACGAAAUAAUAACUGAAUUUUUGGCGACGCAAAUCACAAACGGAAAUCUCAUGCGUAUUUGACAUGAGGUUUAUAAAAAUAUUUUCUCUUCAGUCUGAUAAUUUUAGUUCAUUGGCACAUCGCAGUUAUCUAUUUAUCCACUCCUUUUCCUUAAUAACUUCGGGCUUUUAGGAACUUCUUUAAAAAAUUGUGGCUUGUUAAAUGAUCACAAGUUGUACUUCUAUUUAAACCAUGUGCAGUAAUCUAUAAGCUUUAUCUCUAAUUUGAAUUACCCAUCAGUUUUUUAACUGAAAUCCUUAAUUUUGUAGAAGUUCCAUUCGUUAUCAUUUAUUUCUGAUAUUAUUACUAGCAUGGCUCCCGGUUUAUUGUAUAAGGGUUUAUUCUAUCGAUGGUUUUUUCUAUUAUCAUGGUUCGUAAAAUUCAGGAAGCAGGAUUUCCUGAAAAUAAACAUUGAGCUCAUUAUAUAUGAUAUUGUUAUCAGAAUUGAACAUAUGUGUUUCUCCUAAAAUCUUACUUCAUUUGGAAUAAAAUUCUCCUUAUACUCUUUUCGAUUUCAGCAAUGGAAUAGCUCCAGCUAUAACAAAAACGAAUUAAAAACUCAUUGUUUUUCUAAACCUCAGCAGUGUAUAACAUAUUGCAACUUGUUUUCAUGUUAAAAAACAUUCCACAAUAAAC